AUGAAAGCGAAAGUACCCAGACGGACUUUGUCGCAGCAAACAUCUUCGUUAGAUCUCAGUCAUCUCCCACUUCACAGAGUAGAAAAAUUUGAAAUUACUUUUUCAAACAUGUUGUUGUCAGUCUCCACUUUGACUCCCUCCAAUUGGCAGAAGCUUUCUACCCUACCGCUUCAUGGCUAUGCUUGUGUUAUAAGGCUACUUACCCUAAACCCUAAACUUCACAGGCAUCCUGACACCGUUUUGAAGGGGGAAAAAGUUCCAGGAUGCGUGGCGAGAUCAUGGGUUUCCGGUAGCUCUAAUUGUAGUCCACGGAAACGGCGACGCGGCUCAAAACGCAGUUGUUGGAGAUCUGAUAGCGGAGAAUGCGAUGUAG